CUCAUCUCGACAGCAUAGUUCAAGAUGACGAAGAAACGUAGAAACAACGGGAGGAACAAGAAAGGUCGUGGACACGUAAACUUUGUACGAUGCUCCAACUGUUCUCGUUGUGUGCCAAAGGACAAAGCUAUCAAACGUAACUCAGUAAAGAACUUGGUUGAAGCCGCUGCUAUCCGUGACAUGUCCGAGGCAUCCGUUUACCAAGAAUACGCCUUGCCGAAGUUAUACCUCCGACUUUGUUACUGCGUUUCGUGCGCUAUCCACGCGAAGAUCGUCCGAGUCCGUUCCGACAAACCAGGUGCCAUCAACUCUCGCAAGAAUCGUCUUCCCCCUCCUCGUCAAGUCUUUCGUGAUGGAAAACGUAUCAACCCCACCGUCGCUGCUGCCAUGGCUACGAAGGCUGCUGCUGCGGAGAAGACUGCUUAGGAGGAAAGAUAGCAUUGUGUAUGACAUGCAGUGAAUGAUCGACAGG